UCGUGGAGGCGCUCAGAACCACUAAUUGUGCACCGACUUCACCUCCUGCCAUUUGAAUUUAAAAAUAGCGCUGCGAGGAAGAACGCAGGGGGAAGCGGGACCCCAAAUUCACCUGGGUGUCGGCUUUCUGACCCCGCAGUGGAAACCUGGCCCAAGGUAUUUAAUCGGUACAAGUAGCUCUGUGCUGCUGGAAAAUGAACGUGCCACACUUAUCUCUUUCCAGUUCCUGCCAGACCUCAACAAGCAACUAAAGAUCCACCUACAGAAAAAUCAGUAACCGGAUUUAAGUCAUCCCACAGAGUAUCAAAAUGCUGCCAGUCCGCACACCUUUCGCUGUCAGGAAUGAGAAUGUCGUCUCUGCUCAGAUGAACAAGAUCUCCCUGAAGGAGAAUACGCCACCUUCCUUGAACAGCACUCGGAUCCUGGCCAGUAAAACUGCCCGCAAGAUUUUGGUGGAAGCCGAUGUGACGGUGAAAUCUGAAAACUCGAGGUUAGACGAGGAGCCUUUGUUGAGGGAAAAUCCGCGCCGUUUUGUUAUCUUUCCUAUACAGUAUCACGACAUCUGGCGGAUGUAUAAGAAAGCAGAGGCGUCUUUUUGGACGGCAGAAGAGGUUGACCUCUCAAAGGAUCUCCAGCACUGGGAUUCCCUGAAGUCUGAAGAGAGACACUUCAUUUCUUACGUCUUGGCAUUCUUUGCAGCAAGUGAUGGCAUUGUAAAUGAGAACUUGGUGGAACGUUUCAGUCAAGAAGUGCAAGUAACUGAAGCUCGUUGCUUCUACGGAUUUCAAAUCGCUAUGGAAAAUAUUCACUCAGAAAUGUACAGUCUUCUUAUUGAUACUUAUAUUAAGGAUCCUAAGGAGAGGGAGUAUCUGUUCAAUGCAAUUGAAACUUUGCCCUGUGUGAAAAAGAAGGCUGACUGGGCACUGCAUUGGAUUGGUGACCGUCAAGCAACAUUCGGAGAGCGAGUAGUAGCAUUUGCUGCUGUUGAAGGAAUCUUUUUCUCUGGAUCCUUUGCUGCUAUUUUCUGGUUGAAGAAACGAGGUUUAAUGCCUGGGUUAACGUUCUCCAAUGAACUUAUCAGCCGAGAUGAGGGUCUACAUUGUGACUUUGCCUGUCUGAUGUUCAAACAUUUGGUACACAAACCUUCAGAAGAGAGGGUGCGGUCAGUCAUUCAGAACGCUGUCCAAAUUGAACAGGAAUUUCUGACCGAAUCUUUGCCAGUAAACUUGAUUGGGAUGAACUGCAUCUUAAUGAAACGUUACAUUGAGUUUGUAGCUGACAGAUUGAUGUUGGAACUGGGUUUCAGUAAGAUCUAUAAAGCUGAAAAUCCAUUUGACUUCAUGGAGAACAUUUCUUUGGAAGGCAAAACUAACUUUUUCGAAAAGCGUGUUGGAGAAUACCAGAGAAUGGGUGUGAUGGCUAAGACAGCUGAUAAUGCAUUCACACUGGAUGCUGACUUUUGAAAGGACUUGGAGAUUUGCAUUUGUCUGCAAAUUGGAUUGAAAAACCUACUUGAGCUAGUGUUUUCAGAUCACUGACUGGUUUGGUCAGUAAGCCUGUAUGACCUAUGUUUCAAUUAGUGAAUUGCACAUUGUCUUUUAAUAGGUUCCAAAAACAAGGUGGGAGAUAUUCACAUUACCUCCAGAUAUGUAAUUGUAAAAUUAUAUAGUUUACAACAGUAAUAACUACAUUGGUGCAAGAAUAUUUUGGUUGUACGGUGGUAUUAAGUAGUCAAUGGUUUGAGUAACCAAAAUGUUUUCUUUUGUUUAAUAGCUGUUUGCAAUAAUUUUUAAAAUGUACAUAUUUUAAUGAAAAUGCACUUUCUGAAUAAAAUUCAAAACUUG